UAAAAAUGGUUGUUGGUUUUGUUUUUUUCCUGCGAUCCAGUGUUUUGCCUUUAAAUUUUCGUUUAGUUUGGUGUUAAACUAAGUAAAUCCCGCCAGAACCCUGCGGCGGAAUAUUCCACGGAUAUCCCGUAAAUGUUCCCGAACCGUUCCGGCCCUUAAAAAGGUGCGAAAAGCUGAUCGGAACAUUCAAGGUUACUUUUCAGGGGUCAUCCUGCCUGCCUGUCUGAAGUUUAAAUAACCGACCAUGACCAUGCAACAGUACUGUCUCCGUUGGAACAACCAUCAGCCAAACUUCAUAUCAGUCUUCUCAAGUUUACUGAAUAGCGAAUCUCUCGUAGAUGUCACCCUGGCAGCGGAGGGUAAACAUUUACAGGCCCACAAAGUCGUUUUGUCCGCAUGCAGCUCCUAUUUCCAAUCCCUGUUCACUAUAAACCCCUGUCAGCAUCCCAUUGUCAUCUUAAAAGAUGUGAAGUUUACUGAUCUGAAGAUAAUGGUGGAUUUUAUGUAUUAUGGUGAGGUAAAUGUGUCACAGGAGCAGCUGCCCUAUAUUCUAAAAACGGCGGAGAUGUUAAAGAUUAAAGGUUUGGCAGAAAUACCUGUGGAUCAGACCCUGACCAAACCGCAUAACACUUCGCUGGAAAAAACCGAACUGGUGAAUCCGCAGGACUCCAAUUGGAGCUCUGACGGAGUUCCCGUGCAAUCCUCGACCCCUUCGCCGUGUCCUUUGAGUCCUGGCACUAGGCGGAAAAGGUUACGUAAGAGCUCUUCAGGUUCAGGUUCGGGGGAGAGGUGUGAGAACUUGGAGGCACAAAGCAACGAGUUAAUAUUAAGUCAAAAUGUGGGAAAUCUUCUUGGGACGGUUAUUAAAAAUGACCCCACCAAUUACUCUUCAGAUAGCAGUACUUUAGGUCAUAAGAGCAAACAACACAGCGGCGAAUCCUCGGAUCUGCAAAGGGGCAGCUCGCACGAGAGCGGCGACAGUGAUACUUUACACCAAAUAACCCUGCAAGUACCACAGCACCAGCAACAGCAAGAACCAAAUUUAGGACACAAUAUAGACCCGGAUCCUGGCUCAGAUAUGACGGGGGGUGCAUCGAGUUCGUCCAAUCAGCAACAACAACAACAAUCGGCGUCUUCAAUAGCCAAAACUAUGAACCAACAGCUCCCGAUGGGCACCAAACGUUGCCGACUGUUGAUGCGACAGUCUCGAAUCAAACGUGACAGCGACUCCAGCCAACCCUCCGAUGGUGACCCUCCGCCCUCUUCGUCGUACCACCACUACCUGAGCGUACCAUCAAGGAUGGAACGACAACACUCGGAUCCACUUCCCACCUUGUCGCCGCCUCACCACGGGAACCUGCUGUCGGUACCGGGGGCGGUACUGGUGAAGCAGCACUCGCAUCCCUUGUUACCCAGUCAACUGCAGCCUCCCCUUUCACCACCCUUCAAAAUCCACCUCUUACCCCGCACCUCUUCGGAAAGUAGCGCGGAAAGGGCGAUUAGUCCGGUGGUGGUGGUAAGUGAGGCUUCGCCCCCUUACGAGGAACUGGCGAGGGCGCAUUUGGGCGAAGUUGCGCCCACCCAAAUAUUGCGAGUGCGUACCGACGAGUUAAAAAGGAGCGCCUCUUCACCACAGGCGGGUAGAUCGAGCCACUGUCCGGUAAUCCGAUCGGGUCCGGCCCUGGGGUGCAACUACUGCUGGAACACCGUUGACAACCACGGUCGAAUCCUCAGGAGAAAAACGAAGUACCACUGUCCGGAAUGCCAAACGAAUUUAUGUAUAGUACCGUGUUUUCAGGAGUACCACGAGCGACCCGGUACAACCCAAACCGAUCCAAUAGCUUUAACCAGUUCCGUAAUGAAGAUGUUUCCCAAAACCAGUUCGAUGUGAACCGACAGGUUUUAAUGUGUGAUGUGAAUUGAAAUUGAGGCAGAAAGUUACGUUUUGUUUGUCUGUCUGUUGAGGUUUAUAGGGUGGGUCAUUGUUGAGAGUUGAUUUAAGUUGGUUUUUGAGUGAAAACUGAUUUAAAGUGAAAAAAUCAACUUUUCAUUGAUUAUUCAGAUGGGAAUUAAAUUGUUAAAAAUGGAAGUACAUAUUAUACAGAGAGACCAAGAAGGUUAACUCUUUUACGUCAGUUAAUUUGUUUGUUUUACCAUUACAUUUCAAGUAAUAUAUCAAAAAUAGUUGCUUAGUCGUUCACUGAGAAAGUGAGGUUAUAAAUGCUUUCGAUUUGGUUUUUUUGUAUCAUACAGUCUGGAAAAUAUUUGAGUUACAGAUAGGCUUUUUUCACAUUGAGAUUGUAAAGAAAAGCUUUACCUUAAGCGCCUUACCUUUAACCCUCUGUAUCUCAAAAAAGAAGCAAGCAACGACAUACGUUUUCACCUCUCAACUAUGAAACACCCUGUAUAGUUAUUGUUUAAAAAAAUGUUACCUUAUAAGAAGACGUGGUAGUAGGGAGGAUUAAUCACAACCCUGUACAUAUUGUUAUAUUUUAAAAGAUUUAUAUUUUGUUAAAGAAAAAAAAUUGAUAUUUUGCCAAACUAGUGGUAAAAUUUUUAUAUUUAAAAAAAGAAACAAUUAUUGUUAUCCAUGACACGAGUUUAUAUAUACAAAUAUGGAAAAAAAGGCCUAUUAUAAGAGCAAGAAAAAACAGUAUUUCUUGUACCGACGUUUCGAACAUUUCCAACACUAUUUUCUAUUUUAUGGCCCUGAGGAUGGAUAUUACCGAAACGUUGUGCGCAAGUUUUUCCCCUUUAGAAUAAUAGAGAAAAACAAUUGUUUAAGUUUGUUUGUUAAUAUAAAGUUGAUAUUGAGAGUAUAGCUCAGGAAUAUACGGGGUGGGGCUUACUUUUAGAAGACACCCCGUAUAAUAUUUUUAUGCGUCAGAGUUGUAUAUAUUUUAUCAAUUUAAAGUACUUAAUGAAGAUUUGUUAUGUAAAGGUAUAUAUACAGGGUGUGGCAAAGUGUCAUACCCUCUAUGGUGUUUAUUUUUGUUAAAACACCUUGUCAUAUUUAUUUAUUACGUUAUUAAUAAAUUAUUUAUUUAUUUUAUUGUGUACAAUAGGGAAGAAAGAGGACGGAAAUAUUCACAAAUAAAAUUAAUGUAGGACAGUGAUGUAGUAUACAGUGGUAAAAAAAUGGAUUUUAUUGUUCAUGCAGUGGGAGAAAAUCCAAAAAAGGUGAUUUUCUUAACACAUUGUUGGACACUAUCCGAAUGAAAAUUAGGUGCAAUAUGACACAUUAUAGUAUGUAAUGUUUGAGAAAGCCUUAAACCUUAUAAUUUAUUAGGGACUAUUUUUAGUAAAAAAGAAAGGAUUUUUAGUAGGUUUUAGAGAAUUAAAAAAAAACGGCCCUAACCGUCAUGUCACAUCACACCCAGUAAUUUCAUUGUGAUGCGACACGACUGCUAUUGCCGUCAGAUAUAUUAAGCCGUUAUUUGGCAAAAAAUAAGCUAACAUACUUACAUAAAUAUACUAUCUGAAAUAAAAAAAAGACUUACAAGUUAUACAACAUUAUAUUUAUUUGGCUAGGUAAAUAGUGGUGAUACAACAAAUCAAAAGAAAGAAAACAAACAUAAUUUUUAAAACGAAAACAUAAAAAGCAUUGGGAAUUUAGCCAAAUACCACAAAAUAAACUAAAACCAAAGUAAACCUGACCACCCAUAGUUUUUUAUCAUGGUUCUUGAGUAUGCCAUUCCUCAAAACAUUCCGGGCAAAGAGCGGUUUUACAAACUUUACAUCUAUAGCUUGUUUCUUUGCGUAUUCCAUUUUUGGUGCAGACUUUACACCGGAGAAAAUGAUUUUUUCUUUUAGCACCCGCCUGCAACGGAAUUUUUUCUGGAAAAUGUCCAAUUAUGGGAACAUGAGCAUCCACCUGCGUAACCUUUUUUUGUAAUCGAUUUAAAUGGAUCGAAAGCUUACGCAGCAUAUCAUUAGGUCUCAUAUUUGCUUCAAUUUCUAUCAGCUAUCUUAUGAGCUCACCGCGAAACUCUAAAAAUCUAAUGUUUUUUAUUUUUUUUUGUAAAAGUAAAACGAAUUCCACACUGCUAUGUUAAUUAGGUGAAAAAUCACUUUCUUAUUCCACUUAAUAGUUUUUCUCAGUAACGAAUAAUAUGACGUCAUUUGAUCACAUCUGUCGACGCCACUCAUAUGGGUUAGCGGAGUAAAUAACGGGUUAAAAUGUUUCAAUUUUUUUUUCCGGCUUAGAACCAGAUGAAACCUUUACCAGAUCAUUAGUUUGGUUAUUGCACACAUGAAAUGGGCAAUUACGACUUUUUUUAAUAGUACCGAGUUUUUUAAAAUCAGAAUUUAAAAAAAAAUGGUUUAAUUCAAAAAUAUUACCAUUAUACAUUAAACUGCCAAUAUCUCCGAAACUAAUUCAUAUAGCCAAAUUUUUUUUUUUUUUGCUUAAAAAGCAUAUAUAAGCGCUAACAACUGCAGUAAAAUAAUUGCAGAAAACUUCUAUUCUUGUUAAUAAAAAACAUGAAAAUUAUAAAAUUUAUAUUGUUGGUAUUGAAUUUUUCAGCAAGCGAUAAACUUUUUUAUUAUGAUGAAUUUUGCCAUACAUGCUACGAGUGAAAUGUAGAAAAAACCAUAAGAAAGUUUUUAAAAAAAGCCACAGGUUUCUAUCCGAAAUAGUUUUUGAAAUAUGAAUUUUUAAAGUAACGCGUAGGUGGAAAUAGCCGCGCUCUAUACCGUUGCCGACCGAACGUACUUCCAACUGCCGCCAUUUAUUAACCAUCUACGAAUAAUUUAUAAAUCGAAGUUGGUGAAUAAUAAUAACUUUGAAGAUUUUUAAGUAAACUUAAAAAAAUAAUUUAUUUGAAUAUUUUAAUUAAACGAACUUUAAUUUUUAAUAGUCAUCAUAAUUUUGUGAUUCCAAUGAAUCUGGUGUGUCUAUAAUGUCUUUGUUGCCACAAAAUUUACAGUUACAUUCGUUAUAACACUUCAAGCCCUGGGGUACACAUAUACACUUUUAAGUGUUGCAGUUUCCAUCGGAACAUCGAAAAAACUAAAAUUUUCCGUAGUUCCUUUGGGACGGGAUCCUGCGUCGCAAAUAUUGGAGUCCAUAUACACUAUCGGACAAAAGUAGAGAAACUUUUUAAAUUUGCGUUUUAUUUGAAUACUUCAAAACUAAUACAGUUCUACACAUAAUGAAAAUCAACAAUAAUUGUUAAGACUUAAUUUGUAUAAAGUAAAAUAAAUUGUAGAAGAAAAUCCUAAGAUUUAAUUUAAUUAAACAAAAUAUUUAUGAGACAAAAGUAGAGAAACUAAAUUUUAUUCCAAAAGUACAAGUUAUUUCUUAUUUCUAUCUUAGAAAAAUUAAUAGUAAGUAGAGUAUCCCUUAUUGGCAAUCACCUCGCGGCAUCGAUUUGGCAUGGAUUCCAACAGUUUCAUAAUGGUUUCCUCUCCAAUAGAAUUCCAGGAAUCUUGUAAAACUUUUAUAAGAUCAUUUUUAUUACUGAUCUGAUGUUGCCUUACACGCCGGUCUAGUUCCUCCCAGAGGUUUUCAAUCGGGUUAAGAUCGGGACUUUGCGCAGGAAAGUCCAUAACCCUAAUAUUUUCCGAUAAAAACCAAUCUUUGACAACCUUUGAUUUAUGUUUGGGGUCGUUAUCUUGUAGGAAUAUCCAAGUCAAAGGUAAAUUAUCCUCAGCAAAGGGUAGCAUUACAUUUUGUAGGAUGUCUAAAUACACAAAUCGAUCCAUGAUACCCUCAAUGAUGUGUAAUGGUCCUGUACCGAACCCAGAGAAGCAACCCCAUACCAUGCAGGAGCCACCACCAUGCUUUACCGUAGGCUGUGUAUAUCUUGGAUCGAAUCUUUUGCCUUGUGGUCGAUGUACCCAUGAGAUUCCAUCGGACCCAAACAAAUUGAACUUACUUUCAUCAGUAAAAAGAACUUUUUUCCAGUCGUUGGUUGUCCAAUGCAAAUAUUUUUGUGCAAAGUUGAGUCGGGCCUUCUGAUUCUUCUUGCUAAUAAACGGCUUUUUAGCGGCUCUUCUACUAAAUAAUCCUCCUUCCCUCAGUCGUCUUUGUAUGGUCUUAGAACUAACAUUAACACCAGGUAAUUCACUUAAAAUUUUAUUUGCUGAUUUGUGAGGAUCAGACUGGGCAAUUCUUUUUAUCAUCAUUUCCAUGUGUUUGGUUGUUUUUCUUGGGCGGCCACUUUUUUUAAUGCUUUUUGUUGAAUUUCGUGUUUUAAAAUUAGAAAUUGUCUUGCUAACAACGGACUUAUGCAAAUUAAGCGUUUUACUAAUGUCCACUUGUCGUAUACCACUCUUGUGUGCAUCAACUAUUUUUCUACGAAGGUCUUCAGACAAAUAUCUUCUGCGAGGCAUGUUGAUUAAAAAAACUAUGCAAAACUAUCAACAGAACUCACGUAAAGCGAACUAAAUACUAAAUUUGGACGAUUGAUAUUUAGGUUUCUCUACUUAUGUCCAUCCGAAAAUAUUUGAAUUCUUUUAUUGUAAAUAAACAACUGAUAAGAGGCAUGUAAAAUGCGGUAAAAAAACGCAGUUGUUGAGAACUACAAUAUUUUUAGUAAAUAUUUAAUUUAAAUACAUGGUUUCCGUAAAUCAAAGAAUUUUUAGAAGUUUCUCUACUUUUGUCCGAUAGUGUAUUAGACUCUAUAUCAUUUGUCCAUCCAUAUUUUUUUGGGUCUUCAAAAUUCUUAUAUGGUAUGUGACUGUUAUACCAAAUUUUUAGUUGAUAUAUGCACCUAAAAUAAAAAAAGCCAUAAGCGUCCAAAUUUUCUUUUUUUGUUAUUAUCUAAACUGUAAUCUGUAAAAUAUGAUUUUUUUUAUGUUUUCAUAUCUAUAGAAAUAAAGACAAAAUGUAAGUAUAAACCUACCUUUUUAAAUGCUGUUUAAACGCAUCGUCAGUUGGUGGCAGUUCCACGGCAGAUUUAUUUGCAUUUGUAGUUAAAUGCAAUCGUAGUGCAUUUAGGGUAGAAAUAUCAUUGUCCUUGUUUCUAUAUAGAAGUAAAACAAAUUGUGUACUCCGUUUAACUGCUUCUGUAUCCGAUACAAAUGGCAGAUCAUAUAGUUCUUUUAACCUAUCGAUAUUUUUUAUUAGUACAUCAAAGGCUGUUUUUUUACCAAUUUUGAAAAACGAACUAGUUGUGUCGCAUCCCGUGAGGCAAUGAACUGCCAAAAUGUUUCUUAAAACUGCUUUUCCCAAUUUUUGAACUACAUCCCGAAUUGCUAAGAAGCGUUGAUUUUUUGAAUGCCCUAAUUCCAUAAGUAAUUUACAGCCCUUUAUUUGUUUUGUAAUAAUGAAAUGGUGUAAAAGUAAAAGUAAUACGUCGGUAUCCACAGAUUUGACAAGAAUAGAAUUACUAUGCUCUCGCUCUGCCAGGACGUAAAGAAUAAUUCGAGUAUCUGCUUCUUCCUGAUUAGUUUUGUAUUCUUCCCAAAUUUGGGGCUCUUUAUCGGUGGUUAUAAUAUAGAUCCUCCUGCUACUAUUAAAGUUUCAUUCUUGUUUAGAGAUUUUGCUGCAAAUUCCAAAAGAUAACUUACAGUAAAAACUAAUAAGGCCUUCUUAUUGUUGGAUAAUUUGAGAAAAUCAUUAAAAAUUGGAGACCCAAAAAUUUUGUAUUCUGUUGUAUUAGAUGAAUCACCACGUCUGAAUCUCUCAGCAGAUUUUAAUGAAUUACAUGUGUAAGUGUCAAAAACAACUGUUAUUCUCUUGUGUUUCUGUCCACAACUUAGCAUUCGACUUAAGAAUAUUUGUGCUAAGCCGUUAAAAGUCAAAGAGGAAGUUGGUUUCAAUUCUUGGAUUAUAACCAUACCAUCAAUAAUAUAUGAUUCGACACUAUUUGGAGAAACUAUUGUAUCUGCAAUUGGCUCUAAUCUCUUGCAUAAUUCAGACUUGGCAGUUUUUCGCAUCGAACCAUCUUCAUAAAACAUUGACGAAGGACAACGCAAUAAAAACAUGUUUUAACGCACAAAAAUCAAGAGCGUUAUGACACAACUUUAGGGGUUAUGAUAUGAUUAGUCACGCGUCUCCCACGAACGUCGGCGACUGUUCUGGCCGUCGCUAAUCUGGCACAACUUUGCCGGUGGAUUUCUCGUAAUCUAGCUAAUAUAUCCGAUUGCAGUUACUUUUAAAAACUUCGUAACAGUUUUGUCUACCUUUUAUUCGCAGAUUGUAUGGAAAAAUAUUUUCAAAUAAAAAAGUUUCUCGCUUGCUCAAAAAUUCAUUGCAGAAAAUAUAAUUUUAAUGAUUUUUAAAUGUUAUAUUAAUAAAAAGAAACGUUUUUUGGAUUUAUUUUAUCGCAGUUUUCAGCGCUUAUGUAUUCUCAUUAAAACAAAAAAAAAGGUCUUUUGAAUAUGUUAAGAAGUUCCAGAGAUAUUAAAAGGUUAAGGUUAAAAAGCACUUUUUUAAAUUCCUGCCUUUUGCAAUAUUCUCCAUUUUAUAAAACUCGGUACCACUAAAAAAAGUCGUAAAUGCCCAUUUCGUAUGUACAAUAACCUAAUUAAUGAUUUGGUAAAGGUUUCAUCUAGUUCUAAGCCGAUUUUAUUUUUUUAACAAGGGAGCUACUUUUAUUGUCGUUUUUACUCCGCUAGGUAUUAUAUAAGGAAACUUCUUUCGGCUUAAUUUUUUUGACACCGUAGCGAUUAGUUACUUCUAUUAAUUCAGGAUGAUUUAGUGUGGUUAUAAGCAAUACGUCUCGUUUAUCCUUCCAUUUUGAAAUAUAAACCUGUCAUUGCCUUCUCCAGGUGUAAUCGUCCUUUUUCAGUUUUUUUGUAACUAUUACUUUCGGGUUCCAUUUUCUGUUACCUCGAAGAGUUCCAACACUAUGUGUUUUUUUUGUAAUAAGGUGUUGGAUAAUGAUACACUAUUGUAAUAGUUGUCCAUAUAUAACACAUGCCCUUUAUUCAGGUAGGGAUUCAUAGGCCGAUUAACCAAGUCUUCAGUUUUUGAGCACUUGACUUCUUCUUUUUCUGUAGAAUAUAUUUCUAUAUUGAGGACAAAGCCAUCAGCAGAGGUCAGCUCAUAGAACUUGAUGCCAUAUUUGGUUUUUUUGCCUUUCAUAUAUGUGCGAAAUCGGAGUCUUCCUCAAUGUAAUAAAAGGGACUCGUCAAGAGAAAGUUCUUUUUGAGGAGAGUAAGAUGAUUAGAAACGUUUAAUUAGCAUAUUCAAUAAAGGGUUUACCUUAGCCAUUCCCUUCGCAUUUUUAGGUGCAACUGACAAAAAUUGCAACAAUUGUUCGUAUCUUCUUCCAGACAUAAUAUGCAAAAAAAUGGGAUGAAAAUACAACGGGUUUGUACUAAAUAGCCGUCGUCUGUGGGAUAUAGAAACAUGAGCCUGUAAAAGGCAUAAUCCUAUAAAUUUUGUCAUUUCCAGAGAGGUUGUUUCGCGAAAUGUACUUUUUCUGCUAUAGCGAGUUAGUGGCCUGUUUAUAUUGCAUAGUUUGCCUUAUUCAUUUGUACACCGCACAUGAAGUUCUAAAAUGUCUGGAGUGAAAACUGCACUAAACGCUUCUAAAGGUAAAGGCUAGUAGAUUUACUUUCACACCAACCUCGUCCUCGUUAAAAUAAAAUAAGGGUAUUUCUUUUACACUUUCCUUCCACUCUUCUAGUUCCUCUAUUUGUCCUGCUGCAUUAUCUUCUUCCUGCUUUAUGUCACUAUCAGAACCAGUGUCAAUGUCUUCCUCAGCCUCUUCGGAUGAAGGUGGUAAUUGUCUAUAGUUGUUUGAACUAGAAGGGUCCGGCGAAAGGGAACAGUCACUAUCUGAAGAGAAUUCCUCCUUAUUAGGGUCGGAACCAAAUUCUCCAUCAUCGCUAAAUGGAUCAUGAAUAGUUAAGUGAUCGGUGUCUUCUUCAUCGGAACUUGCGUCUUCAAAUAGACGUAAAAGCAGAUUUUGUUCGCGCUAAUAAUCCAUUGCCAUCUAAAACAAUACCAGUUAUGUAAAUAAAUAAAAUAAUUUAAAAAAAUAAUAGGCAAACAACACACUUUUUAUAUUCCAACAAUUCUAAAUAAUUUACUUACUCUUUUAUUUACAAAAUCCCAACCACGUGCAAUACCAAGACAAAUACCUUCAUAAAUCGACACAGAAAUGACGCGGAUCGUUUUACUUUUUACUGUCGCUUGUAGAGAUGUUACAAAAAGAACGGAACAGGUUUUUGAGAAUAGGUUUCACAAAGCCUGUUCAGUGAACAGUUCUUUUCAAAGAACGGUUAACGGAACAGUUCCGUAAGUUUCGCUAUCGUUCCCCACGAACGGACUGACUACGCAUGUUCUCAAUAUGUCGGGACUGCCACUGGCUAUGCCGACGCCGGUUUUCGAUUCCCGAUUCCGUUCCAGAGACAACCAACGAGACUGUCCACUUAAUAGGAAAUUUAUUCCCAUUUUUUCAUCACUGUCUUUUACACCUAAUUUCGUAUUAAACUAUCCCUGUCUGUCUAGAUCAAAGGUGUAUGUAGGUGGCGGUAGGAGCAAGCAAGGAUUCGGCGAUGCCAAAUGGGACACGUCGUGGACACACGUGGGACACACAUUUUAAGUGAUUUAUAAUAUUAAUAAUAAUAUUAUAAUAUACAUGAAUAUUAAUCAACACAAAUACCUACUUAUAAAAUUCACUUAAUUAAUUAACUGUUUAAACAUUUAGUUAGUUUUCUUGAAUUAGUCCUUUUUUCUCAGCUUUUAUCUUUUGCAUCAGCAAGAGAUACCAUUUUUUCAGGCAGCCUUGAAGGUAAGGUUUGAUAUAAGAUCUUAAUCUGCACAUAUUAACCAUGCAAAGUCAGAUUUAUUUUUUUAGAAACCUUUGGGCAUGAAACCAUGUAUUUUUUUAUAUUUCGAAAUAGCUCUAAUGCUCUUAUUUAUUUUCCAACAGCAACAGUUGCUUUUUUUGAAUUUCUCCAUUUUUGUGCCAUACAUAAAUAUUGUGCAGUGCUAGGUACAAUACUAAAAAUCUUUAUACGUUGUUGUAGGAAAUAAGUUGCAUCCAAUUGUUAUUAUCUACACGAUGGUAUUUUUAGAAUUAAUAAUUACAUUCACUCUUUAUAAAAAUAAAUAACCAAAGGAAAACCCACAAUAGAUUUCCAUGUAUAGUUUAUACGAAGUUACUUGAUAUGUUUUUUAAAUUGCAAUUUACCAAAUUCGCAACAAACAAUAUUAUUAGAUUACCUCAACAAUUAAAUUCAGUAAUUUAAUAAAGCCUGUUUUUAAAUCGACGCGUCAUACCACAUGAUUCAUAAAGAAUAACCCCGAGUAUUAGCGGAUUUUAGUUUUUAUACUGAUCCAAGUAGAAAUGUAUAAACUAUACCAUUGAUAACGAAAAAUCUUGUAAAUUUGUAUAUAUUAUUGUAAUGUAAUUGAAUUAAUUUAAUUUGUCGAAAAAAAAAUCAAUCAUAAAAUAAAAAUUUCAAAAAAUUAAAUUUCAUUAGUGCCUACUUAUUCAAGGACCUCAAUUUGAAUUGCCAAUUAUGAAAGGAUCGUCAAAGAUGUACAUUUAGCCUCGGGUUCCGUUAUGAAGCGAGGCAGAGCCAAUAAAUAACACGAAAAAGUUAAAUUAUAGGCGCGGCAUAGGAUUUGAAUUUUGUUAGCAGUGUUACUUUUUUAUUUGUGGCGAGAAUAAAAUUGGACAUGACAGGCUUGAUUUUUUUCUAACAAGAAACGAGACAAUUUGGAACCCAAUCCUAACCUUAUUCUUAUGAUUACAAAAGUUAAAUUAUUUAAUUUUUUUGAAAUGUAAUUAAACGCCUUGGUUCAUUUUCUAAAAAUAUUUUUAAUAUUUGGGGGGAGCUCAAAAAAGCCUACGAAUUAACGAAAUAACACACGUUAUUUAUAAAUGGGACCAUUUGCAUUUUUUAAUUUUGUUUUUAAGUUUGCUAUAAUAUUACAUGCAAUUUGAUUUAUCAUUUAGAUACAUAUUAUGAUACACAUCAUAGAUUUGGUUAAAUUGUUAUUGAACUAAUUUGUUUACUUAAAACCAAAUUUAUUUGAUAGACUAAAACAGUUUUAGCUUUUUGUCAAAAAUUUUUACAGCAACAUUUUUUAAAAUGUAUGCCAGUAGAUAGAUUUAAAAAAGUUAAGAUGAGAAAGUAAAAAUCUUUUUUAUCUAUUUUUAAUACAUUAUUUAGUUCUAGCCUCAGAAAUUUGAGAAAUAGGCGAUUUUCAACAGUUAACGGUUAACGUUUCAAAAACAAUUAAACCAAGUCUUACAUUAAAUUUCAUGAAGUUUAACGGAAAUCUCAAACAUAAAUUUAAAAAUAUAAUGUUCCAUUAAAAAAAAAUAUAUGUUUUAUUCGUCUCGCCUUUUUUAAACACCCUGUAUAAGUACAAAUGCUUAUAAAAUGCACAAUUAUAAAUCCUAAUGAUAAUUUAAAAAAAAAUUAAAUUCUAUCAUCUUUUGUAGGUAUACUCUUAUAGGCUGUGUACAGAAGCCUGGCAUUGCUGCAGGAUCAUGUAUAUAUACGUUUAUUUUUUUCAUUUUUUUUGUUGGGAAUCUAAUGGUACAUAUACCUAAAGGUUCGGUUCGGUUAAAAAAAAAGACAAGUCUGGAUAACUUCCAAGUUUCACACAUUUUAAAAAGCCAAGAGGCACUAACAAAAUGUUAAGCCUAUGAAGCCUCUCCUAUAUAUAGUUAAACUAACGCGGUUUUUUAUUGGCUCUUUCUCAUUUCAUAACGAAAUCCGGGGCCACAUCUAUCUGCAUCGCGCUAAUAAAUGAAAUAUUUUAAAAAGUGGCGGCAAAAUUCGCAAGCGCCAUCUACGUUGACCUUUGAUGAUGCUAGACAGAGACGUUAAAAACAAAGACGGAAUAAUAAUACGAUAGGAUUCGUUUUUAACGCGGAGUUGCUCGUCUCGUUGGUUGUCUCUGUCCGUUCUUUGACGAUUCGCGAGUGCUUGUCGGCUUGUUGACUUGUUCACGUGUAUAGUUAGCGUGAGAUGCCAAGAUGUCGUACUCAUCGGUUCUUUGCUGUUAUUUAAAAUGUUAUUUUAUUUAACUGUGGGUUCUAAAAAUGUUUGUUUUGUUUGCUUUUAUUUUUUAUACGAACGUUUUGCUUUUAUUAAAUAGGUAUAUUUAGUUGUUUUACGUUUUAUUACUCAAUUUUUUGAAAUCUCUAAUAAAUUUUUAAAUAAGAAUAAAUGAAAAAAGUUAAUUAUAAGUUUUACUUAGGUAGAUAUAUUAAACAAAUAUCCAUAAACAAAUGUCUAUAUUAUAAAAUAUACAUUUUAUACAUUGAGUUUAUUAUAUUGACAAACACCAAGAUAUUAUAAACCUAUAAUAGCUUUGUGUUUGUAUUCAAAAACAAAAGCUGAUGUGCUUUAGAGUUUCCUAAACGGUUUCGCCUGUCAGUAAGUAUUUGCCCAGCUUUUGAAAAUAAAUGCUCACAAGGAACAGAGGUCGCAACAACACAGCAUUUUUCCCUUACCAAUAAUGCUAAGUUUGGGUAAACAAAUCUGUUCUCGAGCCACCAAGUCAAAGGGUCCAUUUUUCUUUCAAGGGGUUCAUCUUCCAUAUAUCUCUGGACUUCAAUAAUGGAUCUGGCUGUUGAGGAUUUUAUUUGAGUGGGUUUGUUUGAGCCUAAUUUGUCAACGGAGGCCCAUAUUGAGAGUUUCUGUUUUUUCUCGACAUUAAAAGGUUCGGCAAUUUUUGACUCAUUUUGUUGACUUCCCGUUUCGUCAGUACUGGCAUCUUUUUUAACUUUUUUCUGCUGCUCCAAAUCUUUUCUAUAAAUAAUGUCUGCUAAUGCAGAAAUUACUUCCUUUUGAGCUUUUUUUCCCGCAUCUUCGCUCAUAAAAAACAGGGUUUUAAAACGUGGAUCCAAAAAAGUACACAUGGCUAAUGUAUUGCUAUAUUCCACAUUUCCAAGGCGUUCCGUAAGUUCUUUUUCGAGUUUCUUUGCCACAACUUUUGCAUUCACAGCAAAGUCUGAAGACUCUAAAAUCUGUUUGCAGACACCCAACAGCCCAUUAGUAACAACAAUUACUAAUGAGGCAGUCAUGUACUGUUGACCGUUAACGACCUUUGUUGCCUCUUCAAAAGGUUCCAGCACUUUUUGCAGAUCCCGAAGUAUUUGCCACUCUUCCAAACUAAUGGGUGGCAAUGUGACGUCCAAGAGAGCUACCGUACUCCGUACUGCUUCCUCCAGUUCGGUAAAUCUUUGCAACAUGUAGAAUGUGGAGUUCCACUUUGUCGCCAGAUCUUGAAUGAGUUUGAGAGGAUUCUUGACUCCACUGUUCUGCUGAGUUUUUAUCAGUUUAAAUGUUGCCUUGGGGCUUCUUUUAAAAUGACCAACAACAGUUUUAACUUUAUCUAAAAGUUCUCUAUUUAAGUCUAGAUUUAGGGCACUUUGAACUAUUAAAUUAAGUGUGCGAGCAAAACACCCAAAAUGCUUCCACCCAAGUUCUUUAGCUAUUGCUGACUUGAUAUUUGAUGCAUUAUCUGACACAACGAGCAUAAUUUUUUUUUCAAGUCCCCAUUCUUCUGCUACAGAUUUCAAGUCAGCAGCAAGAUUUAUGCUAGUAUGAGCCUUAUCAAAGAAAGCACAUUUUAAUAGGGCUGACCGAAACCUAAAUUCUUCAUCUAUAAAAUGUAUUGUAAUUCCGACAAAACUAUCAUUUGUCUUGGAGGUCCAGGCAUCAGUUGUUAGGGAAACUGAUGAAACUUUCGAAAUAAUUUCUUUAACACGCAAGACGCACUCCUCAUACAAACUAGGUAUGUAACAUCUCGAAAUUGUUUGGCGAGAUGGAAGUUCAUAAUUAGGAUUUAGUGCUUUGACGAAUUCCCUGAAUCCCAAAUCAUCGACAAUUCUAAACGGCUGGUAGUCCCAAUAAAAGAGUUUAAGUAGCUGGGCAUCAAUUUUUUUUUUACAGCUUACUGUCACUUUUUUUGGUAAAUACGAUGACAAGGUGGUUUGACGUGGUUUUGGGUGAAUGGUGCCACUAGCAGUAGCAGGAACAGAGCUAAUUGAACUAGUACCAGGACUGGAGCUCUCAGUAGGCAAAGGCGCUUGUUCCUGUGGUUUUUCUAUCUGAAAUUAAAAAAUAUACCUUAAAAAUAACGCAAAUAUAAUUUAUUUAUUUAUUUUGUAUCUCAAAGUCUUAAAUAAUCAUUGGGCUAAAAAAACAAAAUUAAAUAGCAAUAUUAUUCGCGAUUCGCAUUUCGCAAGCCUAUAUAAACUAGGCUUAAUCCUCCUUAUUCGCGUCUAAACUGUGAAACGUCAUCUGACAAAGAAAAAUUGAAGAAAGGAUUGGCCUAUUGCCUAUUGGCCAUGGUACAUUUUGGCGGUAAACGCAUCAUCUAAAACUUAUACAUGACUUUUUUUACCAAAUAGCAGAGGUGGCGCUAGGAUAUAGCGAUAUAAUAAACUUAAGACUGUGAUUACUCUACCACAUAAUAUGUAUGUAUUAUGUAUAAAUUAAAAUAUAAAAUAAAUUUAUAACCAAGAAUAUGUACUUACCUCAGAAUUCCCUAUCGUAAUGCCAUUUCUAGUUGUUUGUGUUUGCCCUACUGACAAUUGCACCGUAGGAUGUUUUUUAGAAAUAUGUCUUUUUAAAUUCGAAACUGAGGAUUUAAAAGAAAUAUCACUCUUGCAAAUGUCACAUUUUGCGAUUUGAUUAGUCUUAUCUACGAUUGUAAAAAAACUCCAUACAGGGCUGCUUUUUCUACUCAUUUUGAAUUAGACAAAAAUGUUGAUUGCAACACAGCACAACGCGAAAACAAUUAAAACCACAAAACAAAAAAAACAGUAAAUACUAAAUAAAACAAGGGAGGCUACUAAGAAUAUACUGACAACAGGUUCUAACUUAUCAGAACUGAUCUGUCAAUGUCAAAAUCAAAACAAUAAUAAAAAAUAAAAUCCAAGAAAAUAAAAACAUUAAUAUUGUAAGCGAUACCCAGAUGACGGCGUAUCAAACUAUUAUCAAACUUUUUUCGGUAGUUUAUAGUUUUUUUUAAGGCUUAAAUGGAAAAACCAUGUGUAACCAUGUAAACAUGCAUUUUCUUGUAUAACGGUGAAUUUCGUAUUUUUGAAAAAAAUUAAAAUACUUAAAAAUAAGAAAUUUUUUUCAUAAAAUUUUUUCUUUUGAAUAAAGUAUUUAUUAUUAUACUAUUAUGAAACUUUUAACAUAACGCAUAAAUAACAUUUAAAUACAUACAAUACAAAAAAAAAAUUAUUAAGUGACCUUAACAAACAUACAAAAAUUGAGCAAGUUUAACUUUAACUUUAUAUAAAAGUAUAAAACGCCAUAUAAUCGAUGUCUUACCAUAGAUCCAUACAAUUAAAUCAAAAGAACAGAUGAACAGGUGAACAGGUUUAUAGAACAUGUUCUCUGAAAAGAACGGAACAGUUUGAACCUGUUCACGAUUUUUACCUGUUCUUUAACAUCCCUAGUCGCUUGGACGCCUACAGGUCAGUGUCUAGAUGUCAUAAAGAGAACAAUCGCAUAGCCUGUUUAAAAUUAUCGUACAUUAUCGUACUGAACGUCGAUAUUUAUACCUUCGAAAGUUUAAUUAAUAUUACUUUGAAGUCGAAAGUUUAAGGGGAAAAAAAUUCUGAAAAUAUUCUUAAAUGUAUUUAUUUCCUAAAUAUUACAAAAUUUGAAUUAAAAUAUAUUAAUCGUCUUCAGAUUCUGCGUUAGUUUCUUUCUCUUUUGUCGCAGCUUUAUUCUAAUAAAGUGUGGCUGACGUCAUACUUCUCAACAUUUUUUCACUAGGAUUAAAUCUAAAACAGUUUUGUUCUAGAUGAACUUUCUGGGAAGAUAACAUAUGACCAUUUAACGUAUCCGUUAUUAUUCUAUUUCUUGCCAUAGUUUUUAUUAAAUUCUCCUUUGAAAAUUGCCUUUCACAACUGGCACUUGAAUGCGGUAGUGACAGCACAUUUAGUGCAAACUUGGACAAAUCGGGGAAUAUGAAUUCUCCACUAAAGUCUUUUACCUGACUUAGUUCAUAAAAAAACUCAUCAACUUCCGUGGAUUCUGGUAAAUCUUCGUAAAUUUGUAAUUUUCUCCACUGGUCAUCAAUUUUUUGUAGUUGAUGUGUGUUUUGAAGUUCAUAAAUUUGAGGUAAAGAAAAUAUCAGCGGUAAAAGUGUGGUCUCAUUGCCCUUUUUGAUACUAUCUAAAGUUAAGAUGGGCAACUUGCUUAGCACAGGAUCUUCGAAAUUAUACCGUUUUUUUUAUUUCUAGAUAAGCCGUAAUUAAAAAAUUACGACAGCGUCGAAGAAAAUCAAUUUUAGCAGAUUCCUCUAAAGAAUCGAUAUUCUGAAGAACCCCAAUACCCAAAUACAUAUUUGUUAUUCGAAGGAAAUGUGCAUCAUCAGUUGGGUCAAUUUUACCAAUGUCUGUUUUAUUGAUAUAGUUUUGUUCCAUAAAAGCUGAUAAAAAAACUUUGUUACACAUAACCAUCUUACUGUGUAAAUUUAAAAUUACAACUUUUUCACUCUGAAAAUAUUUGUUAAGGUCGACAAAUUUAGGUAGAACCCAUUCCAAAAAAAUAUAAAAUAUUUUUAUCUCGAAUUUAUUAAGAGCAAUAUUUAUUUCCUCGCUGGAUAUAAGACGAUGUUCCAGGUAAUUUGAAGUGAAAAACAAUUUUAAAGGUUCCCACUGUUCUGGGAUCCGCUUAACCAUCUGCAGUAAUGACAACCAACGAGCUUGUGUGGUUCAGUAUUACAAAAGUCCUGAAAUUCAAUGUAAAAGCAAAAGAUGUCAGUGCUUUAAAGCAAAUAUGCAAUGUAAUUCACGGUGUCACAAAAGUGGUCCAUGUGCGAAUGAAUAAGUAAAUUUUGUUUAAACUUCAUGUUUUACUAUAUUUUAGUAUUAUUUUGUUAUUUUUUUUAAAUAAAUAUUUUUGUUAUAAAUACACGCACGUAUCUGUAUCAGAUUAAAUAAAGUUUAAUUCCAGACGGAUCAUCUCAUUACAUUAAUAUUUGGGCUAAUUGUAAUAAUAUAUCUCAUUUUUCAUAAUCAGCCGGCUUUUCGUAAAGUGGCGACUAUUUAAGUUAGUCUGAUUGCGAAACAAGCGAAAUUACAUUAUAUGGGGGAAAAGGUCCGGCUGAUUGUGUAAAAUGAUCAUUUUUCACUAUCAGCCGGCACUUCAUGAAGAUCCUAGGAUCUUCGCGAAAAGGCGGAUUUCACAAUAGGACUACGACAUAUAUAUUUACGUUGUGACACAUCCGAAUUGGUCUUCAUUGAAACAAAUGUAAAACAAGACGGCAGCAACCGUUCUGUCACAAAAUACAAAAACCGUAUUGACGGCUAUAGACGUUAUGUCAUAUUGCACGACAUUUAAAUCGACGGCUAUAGCCGUAAUGUCCAACAAUGUGUUAAAAUCUAACAAAAAUUUUAAUCUUUUUAAUUUUUGCAAAAGAUACUCGUAUUAAAGGCAAAUAAAAAAGAAUUUUAUACUUUUUUCCAAAAAACGACCCAUUAAAAAGUUAUUGGGUUUUUUUGAGUUUUUGUUCAAAAUUUCGAGAAUAUUCAAGAAAUGACGGAAUAAAAAAAAAUUGUUCCCAUAUGCUAGGCAUGAAGAGACUAUGGAAAAAGUCUUAUGGCAAAAUUUUCAAUUUCCCAUAGAAAAGCCAGUAUCUAUCAACACAAAAAAGACGAUUUUCUCAAAAGAUAUGGGAGAUUUUACAUUUUUUAUUUCUGCAAUAGAUGCUCGUAUUAAAAGCGAAUAAAAAAGUAUUUCACAUAUUUUUCCAAAAAACGAACGAUAAAGAAGUUAUUAACACUUUUCAGGUUUUUAAAAUAACUUCUUUAGUAACUGAAUCGGUUUUGUACUGGUUUGCCAAAGGGAAAACGCUAUUAUCGGUCACGUGACCCAUUGAAAAAAUUAACCUCAAAUUGUCAACUGUCAUAAUAAGUUGGGAGUGUCAAACGUUCACACUUGGCGCCAAAUUCAAAUUAUUUCAUUGAGUUUGAAAAUAAUUUCUUUAUUAACUGAAUUAGUUUUGUACUGGUUUCCCAAAGUGAAAACGUUAUCGGAUUCUCGAAUAGGAACAUAACCUCUAAUUGUCAUUCAUAUUAGGUUGGGAGUGUCUAAUGUUCACAUGUUUGGCGCCAAAUUCAAAUUUAAAUCCGAAUAAGAACUUGAAAUAAGAAUAAUAACAUAGCUAUCACUUGUCAUUCAUAUCAAGUCGGGAGUAUCUAACGUUCACAUUUGGCGCCAGAUUCAAAUUAUUCCAGCUACAACAGUUUGACUUUAUCGAAUUAAGAUUAUCAUUAGAUUGUACUUAAGUAACUACAUUUGUAAGAACUAUAUAAACCAGCACGGCAAAUCAAUUUGUGAUAACGCGCCCUAUUGUACAAAAAAACAAUUGUCCUUCUAUUUAAGUACAUUUAAUUUAACAAAAAAAAAACCAACCCUAGUCUAGUCUAUUGGUACAUUAUAAGGAAACUUAUGAACUUCUUGUGAACAUACCGAUCUGGUAUGGAUUCGUAACGCUUUAAAAGCUAGUAUAGAUUUAUUGUCAAUAUAACUACGUUUACACGUACAAACCCAAUGGGGUAGAUCCGCAUUAAGAUUUUGUGUAAACGCAUGCGGAGCUAUCAACGUCACUUGUCAUUAAACGUUAACAGGUAGGGAUGGGUGUAUUUUCUCUCUUUCCUUGUCUGAAAGAUUGACAGAUAUGAAUUGUGACGUUUGGUGACAACAGUGACGUUGAUAGUUCCCCUAGACUCCAAUAGACUGUGACCGUCACGGUUGUCACUUGUCAAACGUCAUAUCUGUCAGUGUUUUAGACGAGGAAAGGGAAAAAAUUAGUAAAAUCUUAACUGGUUGUUUAUAAAACCAAAUAAUCUCCCAUGUAUGGUUUUUCUGGUGUUUACUGCGUGUAAAAGAUGCACAAACGAUCCUUGCAGAAUCAGAGCUGUCAUAUGCCAUAAGUAUUAUUUAUUAAACGUCAUUCUCUUGGACAAGGUAAGAGAGCAGAGUAGUGAAAUUCCAUUUACAGAACUGUCACUUUUAAGUCAAAAAUGGAACUCCAGCGUCUUCCCAUUUUACGUCUAAAAAACUGACAGAUAUUAAUGACGUUUUACAAGAAUUCAGAAUUAACGAAUUCCCUUUCUUUCCUUGUCUAAAAAAUUGUCAUAUGUUAAUUAUGACAAGUGACAGCUCCACUUUAUCCCUUUUUUACCUCGUGUAAGAAACUGAUAGAGAUUAAUGACGGUUUAUGAGACUUCAGACUGAACGAGUUUCUUCUAAAAAAUUGACAAAUAUGACUUAUGAUGUUUAAUGACAAGUGACAGUUCUGUCAAACAAGGUGAUACAGUAAACUUCAAGGCUGUCAAUCUGCCAAGGCUUUUAGACAAGGAAAGGAAGGAAACUAGUAAAAUCUUAAAUGGUUUAAUAAGUUUAAUACCUGUCAAUGUUUUAGACAAUGAAAGGGAAGAAGUUAGCCAAAUCCUAAUUAGUUGCUUACAAAACAAAAAAUCUCCUAAAUCUGGUUUUUCUGGUGAUAGUUGCGUGUAAAGAAUGCACAAAUGCUCCUGAACAACCAGAGCUGUCAUAUAUCUUAGAUAUCACUUAUUAAACUUCAUUCUCUUAGACAAGGCAAGAGAGUAUAAUAAAAUUCUAUUUACGGAUCUUUUAAAGCCAAAAUGAAGUUCCAAACUAACAGAAACUAUUGACGUUUGAGUAGGCUUAAGAUUUUACAAAUUCCCUCUCGUCGCUUGUUUAAAAUAUUUGACAAUUAUGACGUUUAAUGACAAGUGACAGAUCGUGACAGUUCCAGUGCAUCCCCAUUUUAUUUCGUCUAAGAAAACUGACACAUACUAAUGACGCUUGAUGAGACCUCAGAUUGGACGAAUUCCCUCUCUUUCCUUGUCGAAAAAAUUAAGAGAUAUGACUUAUGACGUUUAAUGACAAGUAACAGUUCUGUAGAACAAGGUGAUACAGUAUCCCCUAAACUUCAAUACACUUGUCACGGUUGUCAAGCGUCAUAUCUGUCAAGGUUUUUAGACAAGGAAAGGAAAGAAAUAAGUAAAAUCUUAACUGGUUGUUUAUAAGACAAAAUAAUCUCCUAAACCUAUUUUUCUGGUGCUGGAUACAUGUGAAGGAUGCUCAAACUCUCCAUGAACAACCAAAGCUGUCACAUGUCAUUUAUCAAACGUCAUUCUCUUGGACAAGGCAAGAGAGCAAAGUAGUAAAAUUGUAUUUAUUCAUUUAACCUCAUUAAGAAACUAACAGAUCCAAUGACGUUUCAUAACACUUAAGAUUUGACGAAGUCCCUCUCGGUCCUUGUCUAAAAAAUUGACAUUCAUGACGUUUAAUAAGAACUGACAGUUCGGCUGGACCGGAUUUAGUAUUAGAAUUUAAUACACCUGUCAGUGUCAUGGUUGUCACUUGUCAAACGUUAUAUCUAUCAAUGUUUUAGACAAGGAAGGGUAGGAGAUUGGUAAAAUUUGACUGGUUGUUUACAAAACUAAAAAUUCUAAUUUUUCUAGUGCUAGCUGCUGAACAACCAGAGCUUUCAUAUGUCAUAAAUGUCAUUUAUCAAACGUCAUUUUCUUAGACAAGGUAAAAGAGCAGAGUAGAAAAAUUCUAUUUGCAGAAUUGUCACUUUUAAUUGAAAAUGGAACUCCAGUGUCUCCCCAUUUUACGUCUAAGAAACUGACAAAUAUUAAUGACGUUUCACAAGACUUCAGAUUUGACGGCAAGGAAAGAGAAUAUUCCUUCCUUGUUUAAAAAGUUGACAAAUAUGAAUUGACAGGUGUAUCUCUUUUUUCCCUCGUCUAAGAAACUGACAGAUUUUAAUGACGUUUAAUGAAACUUUAGAUUGGACAAAUUUUCUGUCCUUGAUUGUUGAAAUUGACAGAUAUGUGUUAUGACAAGUGACACUUCUGCUGGACAGGGUGAUUCAGUAUCUUCUAGAGCUUAAUACUACUGUCACUUGUCAAACGUCAUAUCUAUUAAUGUUUUAGACAAGGAAAGUGAGGAAACUAGUAAAAUCUUAACAAAACUAAAAAAUCUUAUUUUUCUGGUGAGAGCUGCAAGUAAAGGACGCUCAAACUCUCCUUGAACAACCAGAGCUCUCAUAUGUCAUAAAUGUCAUUUGUUAAACGUCAUUUUCUUAGUUAAGGCAAGAAAGCAUAAUAGUAGUAAAAUUCCAUUAAGAGAAAUUUGACUUUUAAGUCAAAAUGAAGCUCUGAAAGAUAUUAAUGACGUUUGACAAGACGUUAAAGGAUUUCCUCUCUUUCCUUGUCAAAUGACAGUUUUACUGCUUCCCCAUAUUACCUUGGCUAAGAAACUGAUACAUAUUAAUGACAUUUGAUGAGACUUAUUUCCUUGUCAUAAAAGUGACACAUAAUGACAAGUGACAGUUUUGUCGAACAGGGUGAUUUUGUUUUCCUAGACACCAAUACCGCUGUCACCGUCAUGAUUGUCACUUGUCAAGCAUAAUACCUGUCAAUGUUUUAGACAAUGAAAGGGAAGAAGUUAGUCAAAUCCUAAUUAGUUGCUUACAAAACAAAAAAUCUCCUAAAUCUGGUUUUUCUGGUGAUAGCUGCGUGUAAAGAACGCUCCUGAACAACCAGAGUUGUCAUAUAUCUUAGAUAUCAUUUAUUAAACUUCAUUCUCUUAGACAAGGCAAGAGAGUAUAAUAAAAUUCUAUUUACGGAUCUUUUAAAGCCAAAAUGAAGUUCCAAACUAACAGAAACUAUUGACGUUUGAGUAGGCUUAAGAUUUUACAAAUUCCCUCUCGUCGCUUGUUUAAAAUAUUUGACAAUUAUGACGUUUAAUGACAAGUGACAGAUCGUGACAGUUCCAGUGCAUCCCCAUUUUAUUUCGUCUAAGAAAACUGACACAUACUAAUGACGCUUGAUGAGACCUCAGAUUGGACGAAUUCUCUCUCUUUCCUUGUCGAAAAUAUUGAAAGAUAUGAUUUAUUACGUUUAAUGACAAAUGACAGUUUUGUUGAACUGAACUUCUUUAUAGCUGUCAACGUUAUGGUUGUCACUUGUCAUAUCUGUCAAUGUUUUAGACAAGAGAGGGAACUUUAGACCAUUAAUUCUGUAUUAAGGUGUCGUGUAAACGCGAGAAAUCCGCUCAUAAUGCUGAAUGUGGAUGGAGCAUGCGUGUAAACGUGGUCAAUUUUAACCAAAAACGGUACAAAUUUUCUAACCGAGUAUAUUUUUUUACUAGGACGACUAUUUGGGCAAAUUUACAUUAAUUUUUGUGUUUUUAUAUUCGCUUGCUCGUCCUAUUUGUCGUUUAUUUCUUUUCAAAAUGGAGACUGCCCUAGUCAAUUUGUGAUGGCGGUCGGGAUUCUUAUAUUGUAUGUAUUAAAUACAACAGAGCUAUAUAUAUAUAUAUAUAUAUAUACUUAAUUAAAUUGGAAAUAAAUACAUACUUAUUUGCAAAAGGGA